GCCGAGUCUAUUAACAACAACCCGAGCAGCCUCCUGCGCUUGCUCUGUCCGUUCCAUUCAACUUUGUGGCCUGGAUGAGUUAAGACUUGGAUGCUCUCACGGGAUUUCAUUGGCAGUCGCACAAAGGGUGGAUAUUAAACAUGUCUGCGGUGAACAGUGAGCAGCUACAUCGAUCAACCUUGGGGAUUUACUCAAGCUUGAUGGAAGAAUUCAACCCUGGCCUGCAAAAACUCGUGUCACUGGGACACAGCUAUGUGCGAGCUUUCCAAGCUCUGGCUGUAAAAAGCGAGGCUUACUUCACUGCACUUUCACAGAUGGGCGAGCAGGCCUUCCACACCAUGUCCUCACGUUCCAUAGGAGAUGUUCUGAUUCAGAUUGCCGAGAGCCAAAAGAAACUCACCUUGGAGCUCGAAGGAGUAUUCCGCUGGUUCACGGAGGACAUUCUUCACGAGAUGGACAAUAACGUUAGACUGGACCAAGAUUACAUAUCCGGCAGCAGAGAACAAUAUGAGAUGAGUGUCUUUAGUCAGGCAGCAGUUAUGGAGAGACAGCCAAGGCGUGGAGCGAACAAGGAGGCCGCUGAGCAUCUGCGCUUCCUUCGGGAAAGUCAUAGCGAGGCUCUCAAAGAGGAAGAGAGAAGAUAUCGCUUCCUGGCUGAGAAACACUGCGGCCUGAUCCGGUCCAUCUCCGGCCUUAUGAAUAAGAAUGGAGGUGCUCUCCAGCAGAAAGCUGACUCCUGGAGAGAAGAGGUCAACGCUACCAGAGGACGGGAUGCCAUUCGGCCGCCGGGCCCGGAGAGCACUCCACAGGUAAGACAGGAGAACUGGAAGAACAGAGACGAGCAGCCUCUUGGCAACGUCCCAUCAAGAGCUCCGUCCCCCCAGGGAAGUAUGUAUCGCUCUACAUCUGAAUCGGCGGGCGGUGCGGGAAGAUCCACGAGGGCCCGGGUGGCCCAUCAGCCGGUUGGCUCCAAUCCAACCCUGCUGCACUUUGCCAGGGGAGAGAUGAUUACCGUGCUGGUCCAGCAGCCGAAAAACGGCUGGUUGUACGGCCGUGCAGCUGGCAACAAUUCACGUCAGGGGUGGUUCCCGGCCUCCUAUGUGGAAGAAGUGGACGACCUUCGUUUGCAAGCUGACAUCGGUAGUUCCGCUCCCCGGGCAAGAAACAACAGCAGUGUGAGUAGCCGCACGGACGUGCCAGGAAGAAACACGCCACCUCCGCCACCUCCACCUCUGCUAUCGCAGUCUUCAAAGAAAUCCUCUCAAAUUCAAACCGGCGCAUCGGACAAGACAACGGAGUCGAAUCCAGAAAAAAAGCGCUCCCAGUCACACGGAUCAAGACCGGAACUCUUUCCGAGGGGCACGAACCCAUUUGCAACAAUUAAGUUGAAGCCCACAUCCACCAAUGACAGAUCAGCGCCUCGUCUUUAUCGCAGAAGUGGGUCCAGGAGGGCCCGGGUGGCCCACCAGCCGGUUGGCUCCAAUCCAACCCUGCUGCACUUUGCCAGGGGAGAGAUGAUUACCGUGCUGGUCCAGCAGCCGAAAAACGGCUGGUUGUACGGCCGUGCAGCUGGCAACAAUUCACGUCAGGGGUGGUUCCCGGCCUCCUAUGUGGAAGAAGUGGACGACCUUCGUUUGCAAGCUGACAUCGGUAGUUCCGCUCCCCGGGCAAGAAACAACAGCAGUGUGAGUAGCCGCACGGACGUGCCAGGAAGAAACACGCCACCUCCGCCACCUCCACCUCUGCUAUCGCAGUCUUCAAAGAAAUCCUCUCAAAUUCAAACCGGCGCAUCGGACAAGACAACGGAGUCGAAUCCAGAAAAAAAGCGCUCCCAGUCACACGGAUCAAGACCGGAACUCUUUCCGAGGGGCACGAACCCAUUUGCAACAAUUAAGUUGAAGCCCACAUCCACCAAUGACAGAUCAGCGCCUCGUCUUUAUCGCUAAUGCCAUUUAGUUUACAGAAUAAUGAACUGCGGUUGACCAUUGUCCGCUCUCGAUGUCUUUUAUUUGACACCUGUUCAUACUUCAUGUAAAUAUAUUCUUCGAUCUACACUCUGUUCACGUGUUGAUGUUUUGUUAAGAUAACAUAUGAUACCCUUUAUUUUUUCUCACAAUGGAGAAAUUCACAAUCUAUAGCAACAAAAUUUUGGAGGGAAGAAAGUAGAAAGAAAACAUGAAGUAUUUGAAUGCACAAAUGUUGUUGAAUGAAUCAUUAUGCAGAGGUCCUAUUCUGGGAUACUUCAAUCCUAUGAGAACUCUGUUUCCACUGUUGCACUUCCAUUUCUUUUGAUUGCUGUGUACAAAUGGGUAAAUGUGAACCAAAGCCAUUCGUCAAAACUGCAUCAUCUGUAAUUUCCCACAGGGGGCAGCACCACAAUCCCGACAAUAAAUUUAGACUAACGUGUAGUAAACGUACAAUGUAAUUCCCAAUUUUGGGCUGGAUUACAAAUCUCAAAAAAAAAAAUUGUUGGGUGUUAUCUUUAUGGUGUUAAAAAUGGCGAGCCCUCAAAUUCCAGGAAAUAGUCUCUGCACUUGUUGCCAAGUAGCUGUCAGCGUUCUCUUUAGUGUUUCAUUACCGUUGCACCAUGGCACCGCUUUGCGUUUCUUCACCAGCCUAAUGUUCUCAACCGAGCAGAAAUUGGAAAAUCAAAGCCGUGCUCAAAGUUAAUGACGCCUCGGAGACAUCAUUUACCAUCUUAAAUAUCUCCAAUAAUUGCGUGAUAAUUGCACAAUCAACGGUAUUAACGACGAUUAAUUUGUCAUGACAAAAAUGAAAUGUGACCAUUUCCCAAUAAACGGUGUUCAUUGAAGGGCCAUUUU